CGGAAGAGGUGUUGGUUUGCAAACCAGUCUUGUCAUGUCUGAGUGAGUAGGAGGCUGCCAGUUCAUAUCAGCAUACCGCCCUAUCGCUAAGGAGUCAUGCAAAUUAUUUUCAAAAUGCAUAGAAUCUUUGUAAAUUCUAUAUAGUAUGGCUUUUACCGGCGAGAAGACUACAUUUCAGUUGCAAGAUUACAGUCCUCUGUCGGUACACACCACAAGACAUCUUUCUGAAUCCAUGCUGUCAGCACUUUCUGAGACAACUGGUUGCAAUGAUGACCUUGAAGAGGACAGUACAAAAUCAAGGACAUUCAUAAAUUCCUCGUGGUCAUCUAAUGAAGCUUCCCGACUUCAGUAUAACCCAUAUUUAGGGGAACGCAAGUCUCUCUAUUCUAGUUUCAACAAGAGCAAAGAUUUGGAGGUUCCUUUGCGUAAACCCAGUUUCCAAGAACAGUACUGGGCAUGUGCGAUCCCUGAUACACCGCCGCCAUGUCCUGACCGAGCAUCUCCGAGCUGGAACCCCAAUAAAGAGUAUCAGGAACUGCUUGAUUAUACAUAUCCAAUAAAUUCAAAGUACUUUAUUAGUAAGGAUAGUGAGGAAACUGAUGCCUUAUUCCCUGACUCCGGAAUAGGUCUUGACAGCUGUAACGUUUCUUUUGACAGCAAGUUACAUUCUGCUGGUUUGCCAUAUCAGGAACACACAUUAAAAAGGGACAGAUACACAAAGUCAAACGAUCUGAGUUCACCAUAUGCCUUUUCAACCCCUUUACAGAAAACAUCCGCAGGUCACCGUUUGCAGCAUCGCUCUGAGUCUUCAAACGAGGAGUCUUUUGAAGCGCUAUCAUCUGGUGCCAGCAAAGUGGACUUUGUCAGAGAAUCCAUGUAUAAUUUUGCCCUUCCAAAGUACACACUAUUCAACCACUCCAGAUCAUCGACAAAUAGCGGGAUUUCUAAACAACAUCUACAGCAAUCGCAUCGGUUUAUUCCCACCACAAAAAUCCUCUCGUUACACAAUGAUACGGACAGCGAUGAAGAAUACCUGUCUUUGCCCUCAAACCUUAAGGAGUUGGAGAACCUGGCCGCACAUUUAAAGCACUUGUCAUUAACUGUUAAUAAAAGUACAUUUUCUGAUUGUGCACAAGAUGGCGAAAGCAGACGCCAUUGGCUACUAGUAGGAGAUUCCGAGGGCCGUAACUCACAAGAUAUCAAAACACGUAGCGUGGCUGGCCAAGGGUAUUUACGAGAUUCAUGCUUUGAGUCAGAGAUCUCUGGGAGAAAGGAGACUGGGACACCCUUCACUAACUUCUCUUCUCUGAGGGAUAUGCUUGAUAGUCCAACAAUACACAGUGUCCAUGAGAAUAAGUCACUAGUUCAAAGCAUUCAGAAAUUUUGUCAUCACCUUGACCAACUCAUCCAGUGGCUUCACAGCGUUAGCAACAUAGCAAACAAGUGGAGCGCUCCAAAGCCUGAUGUGGAAAGCAUCCAAUCUUCACUGAGCCUGUACCUGAAAUUUAAGAAGGAUAUAACAGAGAACCAGGUUUUGGCUGACACUGUAGUGAAGGAUGGGGAGCUACUCCUGAAUCGCAUGUCUGCCAACUCCUCCAUUUUGAAGGACACCCUUGCGUUGGUUUCCAAACAAUCAAGAGAGCUUGAAAGACAGGCCGAGCGCUUGUAUGCUUCAGUUCUUGACGCUAUGGAUACCGUCACCGAUGACAGCUCAGGGAGGCCAAGUAAUCUGAAACAAUGCGUCUCUGUGGGGAUGGAGUCUAGUUAAGUAGAGCACAGAAGACAACUUUUUCUACACCUGUUUGGAAUGAUAAAUUAUAAUCAAAGUGCGCUGGGAAUAAAGAUUACGCGACAAACCCCUCUGCUUAAAUAGAAGCGCAGCAAAACAUGGAGUAAUCGGUUUUGUUUCAAUGGUGGUUGUCAUUGAUCGGUUGUGUUACUGUAAAAUAUACUACUAUAACAGUUGUGCCUUUAUUGUAUCAAUCAUGUCUGAGCAUUGAAGACAUUAAAAUCCUAUUUUACA